GCCAGGCUGAGGGUCAUGGCAGUGGAGAACCCACUUGAGGUGUGAAAUUCUGGGAAAUGAGGAUGGGAGUGUACUCAGAGGGAAAUCAAAUUCAAAGUGAAGAGGCACCUCCCAGUGCCUUUGCUCUAAGCCCCAGGACUCCGGGAAUACCCAGGGUCUGGGCUGGUGCUCCAGGACGGAGCUCCCACAAGGUGAUGAGCUCCAGCCCUCGGGAUGAUGCUGAGGAACAGCUAAGGAGAACAGAGCCAAUGAACACCAAUCCCUGUGAAGUUGUCCACUCCCAAAAAGCAGCUCACAGCCUACAGAGAGCAGUGAAGUCCUCCUGGCAGCAAGGUCUGAGUCACAGAGAAAGUGAAGAGGAAGGAGAAGACGGGGUGACAAGGACUGGGCUGAGAUGGGGAAGCGUCGUGUGGCAGCAACAACACCUGAGGAGAGAUGUUAAUGCCAUGGAUGGGUGACCAUCCCCAGGCUCAGAGUUCAAGAGCAUUUUCUGGAGUGAUUUUUAACUCCUGUGUCAGGAGGAGAGAGGAAAUAUUCUGCACUAUGAAGUGUGAUGGGAAGAGGAUGAGUCUUUCAUAGCUGGGUGCCCAAGGAUGCCAAGCAUAUUUUCCUACCAGAGUGCUGAGGUGGAUUGGUGUGAGGGCAACUUUGAGCGCUCAGCCGUGAUUGCAGAGUACUACAACACCAUCAGCAAUGUGAGCUUCUUUGUGCUCUCUCCUGCCCUGCUCUACCUGAACCGGCAGUACUGUCAGCACCGUGCCAUGCCCUUGUACUUCGUCUCGGGCCUCCUCAUCCUCGUAGGCAUCUUCUCCACAUACUUUCAUAUGACCCUGAGCUAUGUGGGACAACUCCUGGAUGAGCUCUCCAUCCUCUGGACGCUGGCUGUGGCAUAUUCCUUCUGGUACCCUCAGGUUUACUUCCCCAAGUUCAUCAAGACCAGGAGGCAUUUCUACUGGCUGACUGGGAUCACCACCGUGAUCAGCACCCUGAUGUCUUUUGUCAAACCCACCCUCAAUGCCUACGCGCUCAACUGCAUCGCCUUCCACCUGCUGUACCUGACCUGGCGUGAGCUCAAAAAGUGUAACGACAAACGGGUUCACCGGAUGGCCGCGGUCAUGGUGAUGUGGUGGGUCCUGGCCAUCACCAGCUGGAUCAGUGACCGGUGGCUUUGUUGGCUCUGGCAGGCCAUCAACUUCCCCUACUUCCACAGCUUCUGGCACGUGCUGAUAGCCCUGUCCCUCCUGUACUGCUGCCCUCUAGUCAUCUACUUCGAUGUCAACUACGAAAUGCCAUCCUUCAAGCCCAAGCUGGAAUACUGGCCCAGUGACUCAUGGCCUGUCGUGGUGCCCUAUGUCACCCUGGAGGAACCCCACAAGCAGUGCUAGAGCCAGUUGCCCCCAGGCAUCCCUCGGGCACAGGGGGUGUGUGAUGCACACAUGGGGAACAACUCGGCUGUGCCACCUGUUCCUCGGACCAGGGCAAUGUGGAAGCAGCUGAGGCCUCAUGAUGCUGGGCAUGAAGCAGGGUGGGAGCCCACAGGUGCCUUGGAAGACUCUGCCCAGAGAGCCAGAGAUCUCCUCCAGCAGAUCCCUACUGAGGAGGGGAGGGAGAUGGGGCUUCUUCUGUACCCUCUCGUUAGUCAAGCACCAGCACCCCUUGCUGACAAGGCCACAGCAGAGAACACUGAAGCCAAACUGGUGGCAGCUGGGUUUGUUGGGGCUGUUCUAAUUGUUAUUAUUAACUCUAUUUAUUGAUGUAUGUUGUCUUGCUCAGGAGAGCUGUGCAUUAAAGCUGUGGACACUGACUUACA